UUCCUCCUCGUUGUCCUGGCGCUGCUGCAGCAUCCCGGCCGCGCCGAGCGGGCCCCCGGCUCCCAGCUGGACGACUCGGCCAUCGCAGAGUUCUGCCGCAUUGACCAGGCUCUGUGCCACGACGAGGACGAGCAGCUGAGCUUCGAGGCCGUGCGCAACAUCCACAAGCAGAUGGACGACGACGCCAACGGCAACGUGGACGUGGAGGAGAGUGACGAGUUCUUGAGGGAAGACUUGAAUUACCAUGACCCAGCAGUGAAGCACAGCACUUUCCAUGGAGAAGACAAACUCAUCAGUGUGGAGGAUCUCUGGAAGGCCUGGAAAACAUCAGAAGGUAAAAAAAGGGCAAAAAGCCAAGAAAAAUCCUUUCCCAAGAGUUUGGGUUUCAGGUGCCCUGGGCAGGGUGUGCAGCUCUCAGGGCAAUGUGCUGCUUUUCCCCUUUUGGGGUGUGGAUUCCCAGGAUUUCCUCAGGGUUGGAAUUUCCAAACUGUUCAUGCUCAAAUCCUCAGCAUGGCCAGCAAAGCAUCAGAGUUUGUUUUGUUCCUCUGCCCUAGAAAUGUGCUGGCAGUGAACAAUGCCACCAUGAUGGGCACGGUGCUCAAGAUGACCGACCGCAGCCACCGGCAGAAGCUGCAGCUCAAGGCUCUGGACACGGUGCUCUUCGGGCCCCCUCUCUUGACCCGGCACAACCACCUCAAGGACUUCAUGCUGGUGGUGUCCAUCGUCAUCGGCGUGGGCGGCUGCUGGUUCGCCUACAUCCAGAACCGCUACUCCAAGGAGCACAUGAAGAAGAUGAUGAAGGACCUGGAGGGGCUCCACAGGGCUGAGCAGUCUCUCCAUGACCUGCAGGAGAGGCUGCAGAAGGCACAGGAGGAGCACAGAUCCGUGGAGGUGGAGAAGGUGCACCUGGAGAAGAAGCUGCAGGACGAGAUCAGCAUUGCCAAGCAGGAGGCUCAUCGGCUGAGGGAGCUGCGAGAGGGCACCGAGAACGAGCUCAGCCGGCAGAAAUACGCAGAGCAGGAGCUGGAGCAGGUGCGGAUGGCUCUGAAGAACGCCGAGAAGGAGCUGGAGUCUCACAGCAGCUGGGCCGCCCCCGAGGCUCUGCAGAAGUGGCUGCAGCUCACACACGAGGUGGAGGUGCAGUACUACAACAUCAAGAAACAGAACGCAGAGAAACAGCUGCUGGUGGCCAAGGAGGGGGCUGAAAAGAUCAAAAAGAAGCGAAACACCCUUUUUGGGACGUUCCACGUCGCUCACAGCUCCUCUCUGGAUGAUGUUGAUCACAAAAUCCUAACUGCCAAACAAGCGCUGAGCGAGGUGACGGCGGCGCUGCGGGAGCGGCUGCACCGCUGGCAGCAGAUCGAGCUCCUCUGCGGCUUCCAGAUCGUCAACAACCCCGGCAUCCCCUCGCUGGCCUCCGCCCUCAACAUCGACCCGGGCUGGAUGGGCACGCCCCGGCCCAACCCCUCCCACUUCAUCAUCACCGACGACGUGGAUGACCUGGACGAGGAGCUGGUGUCACCCAUGUCCAUCCAAUCUCCAGCCCUGGGCAGCACGGUCCGGCAGCGCCUGGUGGAGCCGCAGCACGGCCCUGGCUCGCAGAGGUUGGUAGAGGCUCAGGCCGAGCCCGGUGCCCUGGCACGGCCGGGCCGAGCGUCCCUGCGCCGAAUGCCCAGCCUGAGCUCCGGAGCCUCGUUCGGCUGCGACCCGCCCGGCUCCAGCCCUGCACCAUCGCCUGCCUGCUCCUCCUCCACCUCCUGCUCCUCAUCCACCACCACCGCUGCUCCUGCUUGCCAUCUCCACCCUAUCUAUUACCAUCACACCACCUCUUAUUUCCUCCAGAUGGAUUCCAUCCCCGACCUGCCCCCUCCUGAUGUCACCUCUGGAGUUCGCUGUCGCACUGGGAGCUUUGGAGAUUUAACUCGCUGCGACUCCGACUCCUCCAUCCCGCACCUGAGCGAGCACCAGCGCAUCCCCAGCUCGGCGCCCAAGCUGCUGGCCGCCCGGCCCACGCUGCUGAGCCGCUCCGUGGAGGAGGCUGUGCCCGCGGCCCCGGGCCCCGCCGUGCCCACCCCCAACGGCGGCAGCCGCCACGGGGAGCCCCCCGCCCUGGCGGCUUUGCAGGAGCGGCUGCCCGAGAGCCCCAUGGCGAUGAAGAAGAUGAUGAUGGUGAACCACGGCAUGGAGAAGUCCUCCAGCCUGGGGGAGAUCAGCCACCCGACGGCGGCCGGCAAGCCCAGCCACUCGGAUUCGUCGCGGUCGCACAGCCCCAGCUCCACCGAGCCCGACACCCCCUCCCCCAUCUCUGACUGCCGGCCCAGCGGCGCCAGGAACACCCGCAUCCCGCAGCUGGCCGCCAAGAAGAGCCCGGGGGACGAGGACAGCAGCCUGACGGGCGACGAGGUUGACCUCGGCCAGAGCAAGAAAAAGUUCCCCCUAAAGAUCUUCAAGAAGCCCAAGAAGUAGGGG